AUGUUGGAUGGCCCGCUUUUCUCCGAGGGGCCCGAUAGCCCCCGGGAGCCCCAUGAGAAGGAGUCUAGCAGCUGCCUCUGGGUGCAGAAGUCCAAGCUGUUGGUGAUCGAAGUGAAGACUAUUUCCUGUCAUUAUAGUCGCCGCGCCCCUUCUCAACAACCUAUGGAUUCCCAGACCAGUCACUGGGCCCGCUGGACCCAGAGUCGCACGUGUGGGCCGCGCCCAGGAUCCCCUGAGCCGCCCCGCCGACCCUGGGCCUCCAGGGUGCUGCAGGAGGCGACCAACUGGCGGGCAGGGCCCCCGACGGAGGCCCGAGCCCGGGAGCAAGAGAAAAGGAAAGCGGCGUCGCAGGAGCGGGAGGCCAAGGAGACAGAGCGAAAGAGGCGCAAAGCUGGUGGGGCCCGAAGGAGCCCGCCAGGUUGGGCCCGGCCAGAGCCCCGGAACGCCCCUCGGGUGGCACAGGCUGCAGGGCUCUGCGCUUCCACAAGGCCGGAGCGCGUUGGGCUGCUGGGGCGGGCGCCCCGUCCAUGUGCGCAGCCUCAGAGCAUACCAGGGGUCGCAUGGGCAGGGCCCUGGGGAGGUCGGCGGCCGGGCCCCCCCAGCUACGAAGCUCAUCUGCUGCUGAGAGGCGCUGCCGGAUCGUCCCAGCGACGUCGCUGGGACCGGCCGCCACCCUAUGUGGCUCCACCUUCUUACGAUGGCCCCCACAGGACCCUGGGGACUAAGCGAGGUCCGGAGGUCUCCCGGGCGCCCACCUUUACCUCCCCAACCGCGGCUCCGACCCUGGCUAGGACUGAGACAGGGCGCUCAAAGAAGAGGCUGGAUCCUCGCAUCUACCAAGACGUCCUUGGGGCUUGGGGUCUCCGACAGGGGCGAGGUCUCCUGGGAGGCUCCUCAAGCUACGGAGUGGCUAGGGCUAGGCCAGAGUUCAGAAAGGGGGCAGCGGAGAAAGGCCUGGAGUUCCCUGCUGCUGGCCUAAGCAGCGACAGCCACGGCCCAGCCAGCCCUCCGGAGCCUGGGGGCACAGAGGCCGCUCCCGCAGGGCAGGCCCCAACCACCCCUAGUCCCCCGCGCCCCGCCCCCAGGUCCAGGCCUCAUCAAAAGGGCGCCCGCAAAGGGAAAGAAAAUGUGGAGCGGAGUUGGCUUCCCAAACGCUGGAUCCCUUCCCCUAAAAAGCAAUUGCCCAGCCAUAGCCAGACCCUCCCCAGACCCUGGGCUCCAGGAGGUACCGGAUGGAAAGAGUCCCUGGGCCACAGGGAGGGGGCCGAAGCCGGGGCCUUAGAGGGAUGGAAGGUGACCCGCCGCGCCCACACCUUGCCUCGCAGUUCCCGCCGCCCCACUCGGGGAGAAGGCAUUUUUGUCAUUGACGCCACGUGCGUGGUGAUCCGGUCCCAGUAUGUUCCGACUCCUCUUCGAACCCAGCACGUACAGCUUUUGCCCGCCAGGGUGCCACACGUUGGGGGGGAUGCCCCAAGUCCACCGAUGUGCGGCAAGGAGGAAGGAGAGGCGCGCGCGGCCUUGCCUUCUCCUUGCCAGAAGCUGCUCCAGCGCAGCAGCCCCUCGCACCAGACCGUUGCGGGGCGCGGGAGCGAAGCUGAGGGCGGGGAGCCAGGGGACUCGGCUCUACAGGAGCGCGCCUCCAGCAUCUUGGGGCUCCCCGUCGUGGAGCUGAACCUGAGGGACACCCACACACAGCCAGGUAGUCCAGAGCACCCAGCCUUAGGGGCAGCGGCUUUGGAAGUUGUGGGCACCACCACCGAGGGCUUGAAGGAAGCGUCAGCGGUCCCGCGACUUGUGGGUCGCAGUUGGGCGAGGACCCCAGGGCCCUAUGCUGGCGCUCUGCGGGAAGCUGUGUCCCGCAUCCGCCGCCACACUGCCCCAGACUCGGACUCUGAUGAAGCUGCCGAACUCAGCGUCCACAGCGGCUCCUCUGAUGGAAGUGACACGGAAACUUCUGGCACCUCCUGGCGGAGUGAGCAGACGACCGCCAGGGAUGGGGGCUCCAUGGGGCCCCGGGAGGGGAGGAAGAGAGCGGAGCUUAGUGACAGUAUUCGGGAGAUUCUGGGUGUCAUCAGCCGAACCGAGGAAGCCUUCCGUGUGGGGGACACUAAAAGGACCCCACAAGGAGAUGCGGAGGACCAGUGA